UGGGUUUUGGGAGUUCCAAGAGGCAGUGUGAAUGACUCUUAAAAAGGCAUGCAACCGCAGCUAGCUUGAACUUCCUUUCAUGGCAGUUUAUGCAGCAGCAACAAGGUGGCAAGCAAGGCAGAAAUUGGAUUACGACGCAACUUUUGAGGAGAAAGGAAGGUGCAACUUGCAUUGUUACAAGCAAGGAAUAGGACCUAGGUAGGUAUCAUCAUUUCAGGUUGGUGUACCGUAAGCUUCCAAUCCAGAGAAGGAAGGCUUUGAUCCAAGAGGCUAGGGUCCUUGGCGCUGCGCAUUCGCCUCAGAAGCACAUCCUUGAAGAAGAAACUUCCAGCAUGGCUUUAAGUGCAGCCUGCGCAACCCAGAGGUUGACUCUUUCAUCUCCCUUUAUGGGCCAGAGGGGAUCUUUGAACAGUAGGAGAGAGGUAAGAGGGGCCAGGGUUGUUGCUAUGGCCUCUCGGAACGCUGCAGUAAAAGGGGCAGAAGAGAAAGGGUUUUUUGAUUGGUUAGCAAACACGGCACUUACAAAGGGGGAGGCUCUCACUGAGAAGAACCCUUUGUUUAAUAAGGUUGAAAACGGAGAGGCACCAAGGUCUCCGUUGCCGAGAGGUAAAGCACCUGCAAAGAAAGCUGAAAGCACAGGCUUCAACUUUGGUGGUUUUGGCAAGAAGUAGCUUCCAGCCUGGACCGUCUUUCUCAACUUGGUGGUUAGUCAACUUCGAAGUUUGUUAGAAAGGCCUUGGCUCACUGCGAAGCCAAGUUCGGAUUCCAAGCAUAGUACUGUUGUGGAGUUCUGCAUGUCGUAAGGCCAUCAUUGGCUUUUGCCGAGCGGUAUCCAGGGCCAGGAGUUUGGAGGUAAUAGUGAAGCUCGGAAGGCAAGGAUUCAAUUGAGACGUGUUGCAAGGUGACGACCAUUACCUGACUGAUUGUACUGUGAAAUGAUAUGAACUGCUGUCCGAGGUUACUGAAGGUUAUUGAGUAGGUUCAGGUGCAUGUUGGUGUCGUGCAACUGCUCUGCAGCAUACUGUUGCUCACGGAUCAGAUUGUGCACCAGCAUAGGGCGUCUUUAUCUUCAUCAUUCUCCAGUGAUGGGCUUGAACAAUGCCAGUUUCCAAGUGGGUUAUUGCCAAAUAGGGGCUCGUCGCCUUUUGAACAUUGACACCUGACAGUGCACGUCUGAUUACUUCAUGCUUGCUCUGACUGUGAUUCGGCAGAAAGCUUGAGUACAUUAUCUUUAUGUGGUGCAUGUUGACCCACGGGCCACAAUAGCUAGUUCGACAUAAAGUGUAUGGUGACCCAAAAUAACUAGGACGAGGACUGGUGCGUCUGCAGUGUUUUGAAGAAUGAGCUGAUUGGGACAAUGUUAAUAGGCGAAGGUUUUGGGCUUGAACAUGCACCAUGAGUUUAAGGACUUCGACAUAUUCGGAUGAUUGGAUAGCUUCGACCAUGGUCGACGGAUGAGCGAACGUUGUAUGUGGAGCUAGCUUUGGUACCUAGCUGUUACUAUUAAGGUCGGAUGGGAGUGGCAAUGGGUAGUUCGUUGAACUGAAAUUGAGACAAAAGUGAUUCGAAUCUUGAAGUCACUGUAAAGCUAGCAUCUAUUGCAUUGCAAUCUCAACUUGAGUCUUCAAUCUUGACAUGC